AUUUUUUCAGCUCUGGAUCGGAGAUUACUAGACACGCCAGUGCUUUAAGUGGGAAAUAUAAAAGUUUGCAGGCAAUGGCUUCAUAUAGCCCUAAACUGUUAGAAAAGAAAUACAAUAACUGGGUUAAAGCUCAGUUAGCUGUGUUGUUUACUAAAGAAGGAGUCGAACCUUUUGUUUGUAAUGAAAUGCAACAAUUUCAAUUGAAAUGUCUGCAUGAUAUAUGGUACUUAAAUGGCUUAUUUAGUGGGACAUGUUGUUCAAGUUGCUGCACGGAAAAUGUUGUUCAUUGCCCUACUGACACAAUUUGUAAAGUUAAGCAUGGGAAAUGUACGUAUCAUCGAAAUGUUGCGACAAGAUACAGUUCUUCUGGCUGUCCUAACAAGAUAUGUCAUAACUUCAAAACUGAAAUACACAAUGCACAUAGGUACAAAGGUCCGUCGUACAAAAAUAGUGAUGCCACCCAGUGGUGCAGUAAUUACUGGGAAGUAGCAAAAUGCUUCAUGCCCCCAGAUGGAUACAGAGAAAAGACAUCUGCAACAGAAACAGACUUUAAUGGUAUUAUUAGCGUUAUCCUUAAUUACAAAGACUUCCAGGGUAAAAUACGUGAAAACCUCAACAAUAAGAAAAAUAUUUUUGAAGAGGCGAGAGUAAUUGGAAGAAAUAUGCGACAUUCAUCAAAACUUGAAGUAGAAGAUUCAGAUCUCCAGAAUUACUUUCAACUAUUACAGAAACUACUUUCUGACCCCGCGUAUUUAGGUACUGACACGCAUGCGCAGAAUGCUAAGCAGAAACUUAUUCAGUUAGAAAAUGACACUCUAGUCAUUGGUAAAAAUGAUAUAAGAAAAGUGCUAGACGAUGUGGCAACAGUAAUUCAAGACAAGAUGAAGGCUGGAUUAGAUGAUCAAUAUGACAGAAUUAAGCUAGAAAUGAUUAGAAAAGAACAAGAAGAUCUUCUAUCUCUUGAGUCUAAAACUGCCGUGGGAAUGACAAAAAUACAAGAUAAAACUGAUGCUUUAGUGAAACGAUUAAAUGAACAAGGUGCUAAAGAACGGACGGGCCUAACUGAACUGGGAGAGACGUUACAAAAAGAACUGAAGACAGCAAGUAAAGCCGAGAAAGGAGAACAGUAUAUUGAUUCUAAACAACAUGAAACAAAGCAGGACAGACAGAAGAAUGGAAACAUUUUUCAGAGGUUUUUUGAGAGGAGACGUUAUCACCGGAUGAAAACAAAACUUCAAGGCGACCUGAUUAAAUUCUACAGACAAAGGUGUAGUUCAAUACCUCUCUCACCGCUUCUGGAAGAAAUAGAGACACCUUUAGCUGGGUUCUAUGUGAUGCCAGAUUUAGUCGCCGUAAAGCAGAAGUCCCUAACUUGUCAUGAAGAGGAAAGAACUCCGAUAAAGUCUUUGAAAGACCUGUUUUCAACCGGAAGUGGAGAUCAACAAGCAAUUUAUCUAUCAGCUGAUGCAGGUUUUGGAAAAACUGCUUUCUCAAAAUAUCUUGCAAUCACGUGGUGCCAAGCUCAUUGUCGUGAUGAAAACUACGCCUGUUUUAAGGACGACGAGUUAAAGACGUUAUUUGACUUUAAGUUCUUAUUUUUGGUUUUAUUAAGAGACUGUACCUCUGUUUGUAACAUUGACGAUAUGAUCGAACAACAAAUUACCAAGAAACUUCGUCCCUCUGCAUCACUAGAUGAAGUUUUACGUAGAGAAAAAUGUUUGAUUAUAUUGGACGGUCUUGACGAAUGGACACACCCUGAUAAUAGUUGUGGCGAAGUAACAGAAAAAAUCCCACAUCGGUACGUACCUGAUAAUUGUGUUAUCCUAACGACAACCCGACCGUGGAAGCUCGGAGUUUCAAAUCUCAAAACAAGUCAAAUAAACAAAAAAGUAGAAUUGGUUCAAUUAAGUGCAGAUUCUACGCGGCAACUAGAAGAAAAUGCUAUAAGGAAAAUGACCGGUGUCCAUAACGAUAGAGUAUUGAAGAGUAAAAGACAGGACUUUAAUAAAGUGAUACGUGACCGUCGCCUAGAGCACAUGCAAGUGAUUCCACUCCUCCUCAUGUAUAUAGUUUGCCUAUGGUGUAACAACAUUCCAAUAGGAAAUUCAAAACAUGAAAUUUACACCAAUAUCAUUGAAUUUCUAUUAUCGAGAACUUCAAAGAAACACCCGGAAGUUCAACCAUCUUGUGAAUCAUCUGCCAGUGAAAUUCCAGAAUACUUCAAAAGUCAUGAAUUUUGUAAAAAGUUUUACAGCCUUAUAAUAUCAUUAGCAGAACUAGCUUACCAAACAUUAUUUAAUGAAAAUAGAGAAAACACGCUUGUAUUUGAUAGAACAGUUGCUGAAAAAUAUCUCAAAGCAGACGACAUGAAAUUAAGUCUUCUCUCAGGAAUACUGUCAGAAAGUAGAAGUAAAACUUUAAUUAAAGAAAUUAUUAAAGUGUCGUUUUCUCACAAAACAGUGCAAGAAUUCUUUGCCGCCAUAUUUAUAAGUUCUCAAAGUGACGCUCAGAAAACUGUUGUAGAAAAAUGUAGAACUGUUCAAGAUAUUCUGGACAUGUCAAAAAUUUGUGAAUUUAUAAGUGGAAUGAAUGCUGACCGGAUGUGUGAAAUAUCAAAUGAUUUGAUGUCUGUGAUAAAUGAAGACGAGAAAACACGCGACUAUAGAACUAGGACAGGUGACGAGAACAUGUACAAUACUCCAUUGUAUAACAUACAGAAAAUGUUCAUGUCGUGUUUACAAGAAAUGCCUGAAAGUGAAAAUAUUCAAUUAUGUUUACAAGAUUUCUUCAUUAAAGAGGACACCGUGCACAGUAAGCAGUUACAACGUUUGUUAAAACAAAAUAAAACCAACAUAAAAUCACUUUAUAUAGACAUCAGAGAUACUUCCAGCAGUUUACGUGAAAUUAUAGAUUUAUUCUCUCUCACAGAUCUCAGUCAUAUACAGAAACUUUACUAUUCUGGUGACGAGGAGAAGGAGGCUCAGAUAAGUCGGAUAUUGUUUCCCAGUUUACAGUCCGUUACUUUGUUGUUUGGUACAUGGACAAAUGAUGAAGAAAAUCUGAGUGAAAACAUGGCGCGAUGUCAAAACUUACAAUAUUUAUAUAUUUACAACUUCACGUUAUCUCACAAAAUACUGGAAACAAUUUUCAAUUUUAUCUCCGGUCAAAAAUCAAUGAAAGAGUUAACAUUGAUGGAGUUACACUGUAAAGAACAUGGCCGCCAUGAUUGUAAGAGAUUGAACUUGGACUUGUCUCAACAUUCAACUCUAUCAGAGUUAUACUUGCAGUUGUUACCUGGGAGGCUACAAUUAAAUAUAUCAACACCGUCAUUAGUUAAUGUUGAGUUGUGGGACAUCAAUCUAGAUGAAAGUUCAUUGUUACUGUCACGUGACAUGUUGAAUAUUGAACGUGUGGUGUUGAGGGAGAUAGAAAUGUCUGCAGGAAGUUUACAGAACUUUAUUAUCGUGCUGGAAAAUCUGCCGCAGUCAGUUACAGUAAAGAUGAAAGACAUUAAACCGGAAACAGAAUAUGACAGUGUUAGAGAAAAUAUUCGGAGAUCACAAACUUUUCAUGUGAUAGACGACUGGAGGCUGGUUUGAGUUCAAAACAAUAAAACCAAGCAAAGAAUAGACACGAAAAAACAUUGUGAAAUAUAUUGAAGCCAUUACUUAAAUGAUUUUAAUUAAUAAAAACAAUUUAAUUAUGGACACUUAGAAACAAAAUGGCGGUUCUU